AUGGAUUCUUUUGAAAUUAAUAAUGUUAAAGUUGAGAAGGCAAAUGCAAUCCUGAAGCAUCUCCAUCUUCGGAAGCUGGCAAACUUGUUAAGGAUAAUUGAGAUAUGUGUUCUUCUGGUCAUGGUCUCACGAUUUUCCACUCAACUCCCACUUGCUGUCAAGAAUUCUGGUAAAUAUUUCAAGGACUUAACAGUUGUCCUUGUUAGCCCGCACUUUGUUUUCAUAAUCGGAAACGCAAUAGUUGUCAUUCUUUUUGUACAAUCAGGGCAGUUUCCGGCUCAUGAUUCUAGCAGAAAGAAUACUGGAAGUGAUUACUAUGAAGAGUUUGUGGAGAAGAGCAAAAAGACUGAAAACACUCGUCGGUGUGAGGUUGUGUACAGAGAAAAACAGAGCAAACGUCAAGAGAGUGUAGUCAGUGUGGGCACACAUACAUCUUGCAAAACCAAGAUUUGCAGAAGAAGUCAAUCAGAAAAAUUCAAGUCUCUGAACGGCGAUAAAUCCUGCCGGGAACUGAGGAGAUUGGGUACGGAAAAGUACAAGAAAAGUACUAAUUCUGACGAGAAAGUGGUGAAAAAUUCAUCCCCUGUAGAUGACAUGAGCAAUGAAGAGUUUCAACAGAUGAUCGAGGCUUUCAUUGCAAGGCAGCAUAAGUUUCGAAUAACAGAAGAACACUCUGUGAUUUAA